GAGUUACAACUGACUUAUCCUGUAAGUACAGUUACUGUGCUAGUUCAGUCUUGCUUCUUGCUAUAUAGCUGUGCUGACCUUGAGCGCUAGGCGAUCGGUCCUGUUGCCUUAAUCUCUGGAUUUCUGGGAUUACAGACUUGAACCGUCAAGUCCGGUCUUUUACUUUUAUUAAUUUUUUAUCAAUCCGAUUGAGAAUCGAUAUUUUUGUUGUGGUUUUUGAGACAGGUUCGCAGGUAACCUUGACUAGCCUCAAAUUCGAUGUGUAGCAAAAGAUGACCUUGAACUUCUGACCUUCAUGUCCCCACACCCCAGGAGAUAGGAUUCUAGAGGGGCCACCUGCUUUGAUGAAAUUUGUAGACCUGAAUUGAUCGGGCGUGACCCCUGUCGGGUCGGGCUCUGGCGCCCCCCGCUGCCCAUUGUGACGCGGGGCCAGCGGAUAGUCCAGGCGGCGGAGGUCCGGGGAGAGUGCUGGAGCUAUGAUUGAGCCGCAGGAGCAGCUGCUGCAGCUGCAGAAGGACAACCGCGAUGGCCGUCUGCGGAAGCAGGAGCUAGAAGAGCUGGUGCGUGGGUUGGAGGCCGAGAGCGAGAGCCUCACCGGGCGCCUGGACGAGCUGCGCGAGCGCGAGCGCAGGUGCGAGGGCACCGAGGCCCCAGGGCGGGCUUGUGGCAGUCUCGAGACUCUGGGCAGUGGGACCUCGGCACAGAGGUGUGCGCAGGUUCUUGACAUCCUUUGGAUCCUCCCGAAGAAACAUCUGGAGGUGGCAGAGGCCAAAUUCACCAAGCAAGCAGAAGGCCUGCGACAGGGCGCGCAGCGUACAGAAGAGGCCUGGGCCAGCUUUCAGGAGCAGAGUGGAGUUCUGCAGGAGCUACAGGGAAAGGUGAUGGAGGCAGCGGCUGCGCUGGAGGCUACGCGCGGUGGCUCGGAACCGUGGAACUCGCAGCCUCGUCGGGUGCAGGGCUGUGCGGGCUCACUCAUGGAGGAGGUGGCCAGAGCGGACUGUGAAAAGCGGCUGUUUGGCGGUGCGGGCGCGGGGAGCAUCAGGCUGUGGGCGCUGAGUGCACUGCAGACGCUGCUGCUGCUCCCGCUGGGCUUCCUGGCGCUGCCGAUGCUCUACGUGGCGCUGGCGAAGCCCGACACCUCCGGCACGGGACUCCCGAGUAGUUUUGGCUCGGACGCAGUCUUCCGCCGGCUGCGCUACACGCUGUCGCCUUUGCUUGAGUUGCGCGCUCGCGGACUGCUGCCUGCCUAG